AUGAAGCAGAGAACGUGGCCAUGCACAUCCGAAGGAUCUCGUUACACCUCCUUGUCGUUUUUGAAACCACACGACAAGGAAAAACGGAGUAAAUUCUCCAUCAGAGCAACGGCGAAGUCAUCGAGCUCAAGGUCUUCUCCUCCUCUACCGUCAAAUGAAGGAGCGGACUGUGCCGGAGAUUUCUCGAUGCUUCCGUUCGACAUACUGAUGAAAAUCGCGGCGCCGAUGAGUCUUCCGAAUCUCCAGGCGGCUUCGUCGGUGUGCAAAUCGUGGAGAGACGCGUUACAGCCGCUGAGGGAAUCGAUGGUGCUGCUUCGUUGGGGGAAACGGUUCAAGCACGGACGAGGAGGCGUGAAGCCGAACCUCGACAAGGCUCUGCAUUCGUUCCUGAAAGCCGCCGCGGGCGGAUCGACGCUGGCCAUGGUCGACGCUGGGCUUAUGUAUUGGGAAAAGGGAGAGAAGGAGAGAGCGGUGGGACUAUAUCGGAAAGCUGCGGAGCUUGGUGAUGCUGUUGGUCAAUGUAAUUUGGGGAUUUCUUAUCUUCAAGCUCAACCUUCAGAUCCCAAGGAAGCAAUGAAAUGGUUGAAACAAUCUGCAGAAAAUGGUUACGUUCGAGCUCAGUAUCAGUUAGCUCUUUGUUUACACCAAGGAAGAGUCGUGCAAACCAAUCUGCUUGAAGCUGCUAGAUGGUACUUGAAGGCAGCAGAAGGUGGCUAUACACGAGCCAUGUAUAACAUUUCGCUUUGUUACUCUGUUGGAGAAGGUUUACCUCAGAACCGCAAGCUAGCAAGAAAAUGGAUGAAACGAGCAGCUGAUCUUGGCCACAGUAAAGCUCAGUUUGAACAUGGACUCGCUCUGUUCUCUGAAGGAGCACUGUUGAAAUCUGUAAUGUACUUAGAACUCGCAGAGCGUGGUGGUGAGAAAGGUGCUACUCACGUCAAGGAAAUUGCACAGCAAAACCUUUCAUCAACUUCUCGUGCUCAUGCCAUAAACCAAGCUAAUCGCUGA